AUGGGGAAUGGUCGCAGAAUCAAUUUCUGGAAUGAUCAUUGGACUGAAUUUCUGUCAUUAAAAGUAGCUUUUCCGAGAAUUUAUGGAAUUGCUAUUAAAAAAUCUGGUGCCAUUAGUGAGUUUGGGCAGUGGGUGAAUAGUGACUGGGUAUGGAACAUUGAAUUGAGGCGUAAUUUGUUCGUAUGGGAAAUGGUUAUUUGGAGUAAUUUUAUUCAAGUUCUGAAUAGAGGUACUGUUGCUAGUCCAGGUGUUGAUAGAUUAAAGUGGCUGGGUUCUUCAAAUGGUAAAUAUAAUUCUAAAACUUACUGUAUCAAGCUGGAAACGAUAAAUAAGUCGGAAUACCAUAUUUGGAAUUAUGUUUGGAACAAGUUCGUUCCUCCAAAAGUGGCUGCUUUUGUUUGGAAAACUAUUUAUCAAAGGCUGCCGGUUGCAUCAGAAUUGGUUAAGAGGGCCAUCACUUGCAAUGUUAACCUUUUGUGCUUGUUCUACAAACAUACUACAGAAGAUGUAUGGCAUGUGCUCUGUCAUUGUGAUUUCGUCUGGCAAGUGUGGCAACGAUGGUGCUUGUUAUGGAAAGUUCAGUUAGUUUUCCCCAUGAAAGUUAGAGACCUAUUAGAAAUAUGGUUUUCUCAGAGAAUUAGAAGACAUGUAAAGGAUUUAUGGCAGCUUGGAUUUUUUGGAUUGAUCUGGCAGAUUUGGUUGUGCAGAAACAAAGCAAGGUUCAAUGGAUUGUCUUUCACUGUGGAGCAGAUAUACAACAAUGUUUUAUUACAGAUAGGGGUUACAUUUGAGCCAAAACUGAGGUUGCAGUUCUGUUUAAGUUCGUGCUUGGUCAUGCGCGUGUUAACCAUAGGGGAUCGACAGCAGGUUUAA